AUUCCAGAACCCAGAUACGAGACGGCGUACGCGUGCGAGGGGAAGACCCUCAAGAUAGGCUGCUCCGAGGGCUCCGUGAUCCACCUCAUCAGAGCUAACUACGGCAGGUUCUCCAUCACAAUAUGCAACGACCACGGCAACAUCGACUGGAGUGUCAACUGCAUGUCCACGAGGAGUUUGCGCGUUUUACAUAGCAGAUGCAGCAUGCACCAAAACUGUAGUAUAUUAGCAAGCACGAACGUCUUUGGCGAUCCGUGUCCGAACACAUUGAAAUAUCUAGAGGCGCAUUACCAGUGUGUACCAGCGUCAACGACUAGCACCACCAACAGACCGUCACCCCCAUGGCUGAUCACCUCGCAGCCAACAGUAUGGAGGUCCACAGCCCCUCCUGCGCCCAAGAACCCGGUGCAAGUCCAGCAGGGAGAGAGGAAGAAGCCAACAGUGAUAACACCGCCUACAUUCAGGCCUCAUAUCACUCUGCCGCCUGAGGUCAAACUAGGGGAUAUUGGUACAAAGAAGCCGACCACCAGACAACCGGAUUCGUCCUCGGAGAAAGAACCACAGACUCCUCGGGAGACGAUACCGGACGUCAAAGACGAAAUACCCAAAUCUAUAGAACCAGACACGGGCUCCAGGAACGACAAACCGAAUAAAGAGGACGAAAAUGCACCAACUGAAGAGUCGAUGCAAUGGCCGGUGAAAGACGAAGACGCAGACUCAUCACCUCCCGUUCAAGAACCACCGAAAGACAUCAAACCCGAUGCAGACAGCGAAGACGACUUCGACAAGGGAUACUCAACGAACCCAACACCUCCACUUGGAAGGCGGUCGUAUUGCCCCCCGAUCACAGCUAGAGGUUUAGAUUGGAACUGGACUGUGGCCGGAAGUUACGCACUCCAACCUUGCCCGGGUGGCGCCACUGGACUGGCGAGGUGGAAGUGUACCCUCAACCCUCACCAUUAUACGGAAGAAGAGCGCAGAGUUCCAAGAAGAAGAGGAUCAGGGUUACAAUCAGGGGAGAAUUACCACGACCUGGGCUUAGAGCCUAAUGAUAGGCAAAUACAGCUUAUAAGGAGGCUCGGUUCUGAGGCGUUACUGAAAGGUCGCGACGGGGAUUCCCCGGAACAUUUGAUUGACUACCGCGGGUCGAGUCUGCCGGACGCGCAAGCAUCCAGUCAGCAUCCGUCGAACCCGGACUACAGUUACCCGGAUUCUACAGCACCCGAAUGGCUCGGUGCAACCCCAGAUCUGAGCGAGUGUCGCUCAGUGUGGCUCAACAGCUUAGAAGCGAGGGUUAGAGAGGGAGAGUCGCUGCUCAGCAUCAGCAAUGACCUAGCACAGGUGACGUCAUCCAAGACGUUAUACGGGGGCGACAUGAUGACGACCACCACGAUAAUGAAGAAAUUGGCCCAAAGGAUGUCUCACAACGUCCAGACGUUCCCGGACCCAAGGCAGAGGGAGGCGAUUGUUACUGACAUGCUAUUAGGAGUGAUAAAGACAGGAUCCAAUCUUCUAGAAGAAAGCCAAAGAGCAUCCUGGGCGGACUUAAGCCCCGAAGCACAGAACAGAGCAGCGAGUGCCCUCCUGACUCAACUAGAAGAAAACGCAUUUCUACUAGCAGACGCUGUUACCAAAGAAAAAACUAUAUUGCAGAUUGUCAAGAAUAUCUGUCUGUCAGUCAGGGUUCUAGAAGUAAAGAACGUUGAGGACGAGACGUUUCCGCCGCCUAUAACUCAAGACCAGUGGACAGCAUCAGAAGACACAAUUACAAUUCCAAAAGCUGCAUUAUUGGAUAACCGACAAAACGAUCUAGUGCGCAUAGUUUUCUUCGCGUUCGAUCGUCUCGAACAAAUCUUACCGCCUACUUUCAUCAAGAACCCUCAGUAUGCCGCCUUCUCCACCGAUCCGGUCACUUCAACUAACAGCAUAAACUCUGAGAGAGAGAAGAGGAAUGUUACCAGGGUUCUGAACUCUAAGGUGAUAUCAGCAAGCCUUGGAAACGGUCGUCAUAUUCAACUAUCGCAAAUGGUUCACCUCAUUAUGAAACAUUUGAAGACGGAAAACGUCACUAACCCGGCCUGUGUCUUCUGGGAUUACACUUUACACGGCUGGUCAUCUGAAGGCUGUACCGUAGAAUGGACCAACACCACCCACACCGGAUGCGCGUGUUCCCACCUCACCAACUUCGCGAUACUUAUGGAUGUUCACGGAGUACCUUUGAGCCACGUCCACGCGUUAUCCUUACGAUUGAUAACGCUAGUUGGUUGCGCAAUAUCAGCAGUUGCACUGUUCGCUGCUAUAGUAGUCUUCCAUUGCUUCAGGAAUAUGAAGUCGGACCGCGUCCUAAUCCAUAAGAACCUCUGCGUGUGCCUGCUGAUAGCCGAAGUGGUAUUCAUGGCCGGCAUAGACCAGACUGAGUACAGAGUGCUGUGCGGCGUCAUCGCCGGUGUGCUGCACUACUUCUUCCUCGCUGCCUUCGCUUGGAUGUUCUUGGAAGGUUUCCACUUAUACGCGAUGCUAGUGGAAGUAUUCGAGCCAGAACGCCCCCGCGCCCGUUGGUACUGCGCCUGCGCUUACUUAGCGCCCGCUUUGGUCGUACUGGCUUCUGCUGCGGCUUUCCCUGGAGGAUAUGGCACCGCCACUCAUUGCUGGCUGUCUACUGAGAGGCUGUUCGUCAUGAGCUUCGUGGGACCCGUGGCUUUAGUAUUAGCGGCGAACUGGAUAUGUCUCAGCAUGGUGAUUUACAUGAUGUGUCAUCAUUCAACGGUGUCCAUCAAAGCUAAAGAGAACUCUAAGUUGUACAAAAUAAGGGUUUGGUUGAACAGCUCCCUAGUCCUGGCCUUCCUACUUGGUUUGACCUGGACCUUCGGCCUCCUGUACCUGAACGAGCAGACCGUGGGCGUCGCGUAUGCCUUCACCAUACUCAACUCGCUGCAGGGCCUGUUCAUUUUCAUAUUCCACUGCUUGCAGAAUGAGAUCUUCCAAAAGGAAUGUGGUCGCAUCUGCCGUCGCCAUCCAUGGCUCUCGUGCUGCGUGAGACUAACCGCCCCAGUUCCUGCCGCCACUUCUUCCACCCACCACGAUACCCGCCAGGGGUCGGUGAAGAGUCGUCGCUACCACCAGAAUACUGCCAACGACCAAGACGACGUCGUCGACCCGAGAGAUGUCACUAGUUACAACAUACAACCAGAGACGGCGAGGUGGAAUGUGAGACCAACUGCGCCAAUUUACGUUCCGACUGACGAUCGAACCAUGAGGGUGGCAACACCGCAAAACAUCCCACAUAGCACGUCCCACACUCAAAGCAUAGCGUCGAUGCAUAGCUACAGAAACAACAUCGAAGUGCCAAACGAUUAUCAGAACUUGCGCGCGCGGUCGCCAUCUUGUUUCUCUAACAAGAUGGCCGCUUCGAUUGGCGCGAACGACUGGGCGCUAAUGGCGAAUGGUGGAGGGAUAUGGAAGAACACUUCUUCUAAGCAUCAUCCGGGUAACGCGGCAACUCUACCUCACCACGACACUUUGUCCCGUCAGAUGGUGCAGCAAAACCACUUACACAGUCCUUACAAUGAGUGCGACAUGCCCAUAGCUCCCGGAUCUCCCCGCCACGUAGUCAAAGACGAGGAGAGUCCCCUCCAUCACCAAGGGUACCAGACCACGCGUAGCUACAACCACGACUUUAGAAACCCUCACGUUUACAUGUCCCAGCAUUCCCCUGGAAGCCAGGAGAUGAUUUUUCGGAAGCACUACAAAGACGAAAACAGGAGAAAACAUCAUCAUCACGGACAGAACGUGAACCAUACGUACUCGGAAAUAGGUCCGCAACAGGCGCGAAUGUACCGUCGAGGUUCCGAACAGGAGUUCAGGGUGAUCCAAGAUGACCCUGUAUACGAGGAGAUCGAAAGAAACGAAACUCUCAUGUCCGAUAUGUCGGAUGACAAUUCUGGUCCUGAUAACUGCCGACAGACGCAGCACCAUGGCUCUUCGAGUUCCAAGUUUUUCGGGGACCAUCGACCCCUCAUUUCCUACAGUCCCGGUGAGCGCCAUCAUCACGAGGAACACUACGGGAAGUACGGGAAAUGGGACACACUGGAACGCUACGACCCGAGGCAUUAUGAGAGUGGAAGACUCAUGCAUCCCUACCACCAACCACAGGAAAAUAAUAUGAGGGCAUUGGCCGCUGUGCUGAACGGAGAAAACAAUGUUGUCUGCCAUUUGGAACCGCAUAACUCCUAUGAUGUAUACCAACCGCAGAGCGGUAAUCCAAGGACUGUCUCACAGCCCAGUUUUUAAAUCGGUGAAAUUGUGUGAUCCCGGUAAAUACCGGAUUAGUUUUUUUUUCGAGUGUUGUGACUUUCGUGCGAGAGUGUACAGGCAAUGAAUUUUUCUAUGGACUUAGACAUAGUUGUCUUAUAGGAAACACGAUAAGUGAUAGUGUUUACGUAGGAACCUUGCCAUAAUAUGGACUUUAAAAAAACAUAUAUUUAUAGUUUUUAGAAUGUAAACCUACAUCACUUUUUCCACUGUGAUCCUAUUUAAAUUAUGAUGACGGCUCAAAAUUCUCAUUGUGACCACUUUUGAGUUGUACGCACUCGCAGACAUGUUUUGUUGAGCGGUGAAUCUGACACUUGUUCCGACUUGUCUGCUGGUCUCCUGGUUCGUUCAGAAACCCUUAGCAGAAGACGAUAAUUUUUACAAUAUUUUUUUUAACGUGUGUAAACUAUGUAGUAGCAUUUUAAUAAAAAGUUUUCGUUUUUACAUGCUCUAUGGAUUUCUGGACGAACCUCAGGUUUUUGUAUAUAAAUAGUGUUUUAGUACUAGACUCUUAGUACUUCCAAUGUGACCUUACUAAGUCUAUCGACCUUUUUUGUUACUAAAAUCAUGGCAUUUUUCCUCUUUACUUGCAUUUCCCUUACUGUAGGCGUAAAAAUCUGUGAUGUUCAUUUGUAUGCUUUAGAAUAAGUUUGCUAAAAUACUUCUGACAACAGAAAUACACUGCCAUAAUGUAACUAGUACAGUUGUGGCUUAGAAAUAGCAAUGUCACAUGAUUUUCAUCCAGUUUUUGUACAUAAUUAAGAAAAAAACUUAUAAAAAAAAGCUUUUACGAUAACAUUUAAGAUCUUAAGAAGCAAUGAUUGCCCUAAUUGCUUCAACUAUUCGAGUAUAAUGAUUAAGAAGACGAGCUGCAACAUUUUCAUUGUUAAAUUCUAGUGUUGCCAUAUUUAAGUCGCAACUGCGUACGUUCGGGUACUGUUUUUUUUUACUGUGGCAAUAUCAGUGUAGCUAAUUUAGUUUCUUUUCGUGUUACAGCAGCUUUCUUGUAUUAAGUAUACGUUCGUUCAGAAAAACUCCAUCCAGACUAUAUAUAGACUGACACCAAUCGAUGUUGUGCACUUCUCUGUAAAUUAGAACUUUAGGGCCUUAGUGAUAAGCGCUGUUUGAGCAUUCAACACAGUCAUAAAAUGUGUUGUCUCUCUCGCUCCCAUUCGAAAUAACCUUGAACGACAAGAACAAAACAUUUUAUAGCCAAAAAAAAUGCUAAUACGCCGCUUUAUUUCUAAAGGGUUAGUCUUUAAAAAAAACUUACUUGAAGUAUAAAAAAACUUCAUUUCAACCAUAGAGUUACAAUUAGAUGAGUAUAGUUUCAUUUUUAUUAAUUUAAUUGUAAUAAUAUUUCUGUAACCUGACCUUGUUGUUGUAUAAAAUCUUCCCAAAGAACGAUUGGACGAAAAGAGAUAGCGAUGUCCCUUUCACACGUAUUACAAAUAGAUUUUCCGUCGCACACUAUGUCCGUCUAUUGAAGUGUUAAUUGAAUGAUUUGAAUAUAGCGUGUAAGUUUUUUUAAUGCCAUGUGAAACUGUCACCGUUUGAAUAACGCAAUGGAAUUGUUUUAUGAGAAUUGACGCAAGCGCAGCAUAUUAAACAUACCUAUAUUAUUUUUCUUGUAUAUUUUGAAUCAAUUUAAGCAAUACAUUAGACUGAAGUGUUUAAUAAAUAGUCGGCUCCACAAUAAAAAAAUGAUUUUUAAAAUAUUUUAGUGCACUCGAGCCGAAAUUUAUGAAAUACUUUUUUAUAAUUGGUAUGAAAGAAACAUAAGGAAAGUUUGUGGGGAAACUAUUAUUUUUUGUAAUUGGGUAUACUAGUCCAUCUAUUUUUCCCACUGUUUAAAUAAAGUAGGUACGUAAUUGUAAAUUUGUCUUGUGUAUUUCUGUUAAAUAUAUUUUUUGUUUUGAUCGUAUUUUAACAUCGUUGACUAUAUUAAUGUAAAGUAGAAAAAAAACGGAACAUGUAAAUAAUUUAAAGUUUAUAUAAAUAAUAAAGAGUGGCUGUUCUGAGAGAAUGACCACAAAUUAAU